UCUAAUACGCUGCGGCACGGCCACACUGCCGCGCUAAUCGAUUUAUUUUGUUAAAAAAAAAAAAACAGAACCAAGUCCGCAAAGCUGUCGCCUAUUUCUCGUGCAAUUAGUUCGCCCCAUAGGCUAGUGCAUCAGAUCGGAGACCCCACGUCGCCGCGUAUAUAAGCCCGUUCACAUUAACCCCACAGAAGGAAUAAAUACCAGUUCAGUAAAAGAGGCAGCAGCACAACAACAACGCAAGCUCGCCACGUCAGUGGGAGUGAGCGAGAGCGCGACAGCAAAACGUACAGGAGAGAGCGAGAAGGAGGAAGAAAGAAAAAUGUUUAGCAACUUAAAGGAGCGUUUUAUAUCGGCCAUAGCGCCAGACUUGCCACCUCUCCCAGGCAGCGGUGAGCGGAGCAGUGGAGCUGGAGGCGGCCACCACCACAGCUCGCCGCACCAGAGACUACGGUUCGGCGGCUCUGGCGGACAGCCAAUGCCGGAUAAGUUCCCCUACGCCCGGCCGCCUUUUCUGCAGCUCCUUACGCCGGACGAGCUGCGCGCCUCGGCGGACCACAAUGUGCGACCCAUCAUUGUGCCGCGCGACAUAAACCUGCUGCCCUGGGGCACUGGAUACGCCGAGUGCGUCAACUCGGGAAAGUCCGAGUGGAACGAGGACCAGGGAGCCUUCUGCCGGCAAGUACUUUCGGAUCCGGAGCACAAGCACCCGGACCUUCCAUACACAUACUUCGGCAUCUUCGACGGACACGCCGGAUACGGAGCCGCCCUGGCCGCCUCGCAUCAGUUCCAUCACAUCCUGCACGAGAAGCUCGUGGACUGCCUAGAAUUGCUGCUGCCACGCGAUGGGGAGGCCGCCAGUGGCGGCGGGGAUGGCAGCAAGCUGAAUCCUACGUUCCCACACCCCAUCUACUUUCAGCGGCGCGUGACCAAGGACGAGCUGAUCGUCGGUGCGCUGGAGAGUGCCUUCUUCAGCAUGGACGCGCUGAUAGCGCAGGACAGUGAUCGUUACCGCGAUGCGGGUGGCUGCACCGCCUGCGUCUCCCUGUUCAUCGACGGCAAGAUGUACGUGGCGAAUGCCGGCGACUCGAGAGCUGUGCUCUGUCAGCGGCGCGCGACGCCCGAGAAGCCACGAACGGACUCGGAUUCCGGCAUCGAACCGGAUCCCCUGGAGGCCAGCUGCUACCCAGUGCCGUUCUCCGCGGAUCACACGCCCGAAACGGAGCGCGAACGCCUGCUGAAUGUGGCCAGGUUGAAGCCGCACCUCAUGGGCCAGCACUACGUGGCCAUGGAGUACGCCAAGCGGCCGCACAUCAAGGACAUGGGCCAGCGCAUCCUCUGCCGGCAGGGCACCAUGCGCGGCUGGACGUACAAGACGCUGACCAGGGAGGAUCUCGGCAUGCCCGUGGUCAACGGCGAGGGCAAGAGAAGCCGCCUGCUGGGCACCCUGGGCGUAACGCGGGGCUUCGGCGACCACGAGCUGCUGGCGAUCAACACGGGCAUUCAGAUAAAACCCUUCCUCACGCCCCAUCCCGAUGUGAGGCAGCGGGAUCUCACGCAGGUGGUGUGCAUUCCCGACGAGGACAACCGGGACGGUGACUACGGCGUGCUCGUCAUGGCCACCGACGGCCUGUGGGACGUGUCCGAGAACGAGGCCGUUUCACGCACCGUCUUCCAGACGCUGUCCAAGUAUCCAACGGAAAAGCAUCGCUACACAAUGGUCGCCCAGGAGCUGGUGGCCCGUGCCCGCGGGAAGAUCAACGACUCGGGCCACUGGCGACUCGCCGACAGCAAGGCAGCCGCCACCGUGGACGACAUCUCGGUGAUCGUGAUCCCGGUUUCCCAGUAUUACAAGGAGCACGUGGAGUGGACGCAGAACUACAAGCGGGAUCUCGAGCAUCGACGCCGGCAGGCGCAGGCCAACAUGGCCCAGGAGGCGGUCAACGUGCUCAACGGCGUCAUCGCCGAGGAGGCGCACGUCGUCGAGGAGGAGGAAGAGGGCGAGGUGGUCGUGCACGAGGCCAGGGGCUCGCAGAAGCAAACGGAGAAGCAACCGCGCUUGGCGGAAGCCGUCGACGAGACCCUGGUGGUCGAGCUGACCCCUUCGUUGGAGCAGGUGCAGUUGAAAGAACCGGAUUCAGGAGCGACUGACACCGGCAAGGAGAGGGAUAAUGAUAAGGGAAACGACGCGACGACGACGCGGCAGCAGCCUCAUCAGCAGCAGAAGGGUCGCAAGGGCAAGGGCAAGCACUAGGACAAAAGGGUCCUGCCACACAGCCGAUAUAUUGGGCUUAUCUAGACACACAGCAAUAUUCAAAUGGAUAUGGAUAUGGAUACAGAUGCGACAGUUAUUGGCACAUCUAUAUUUUUUUACACUCCACACACAAGAACAAAUUCAAAACAUUCAAAGUUUCUACAUAAUUUGCUUAUGUACAAACCAAAACAAACAAAAACAAAGUCAACUUCAUUACAUUGUACAAUAAUUUGCUGUAACUAAGUGUAUUUAUUUUUAUCCAAAACAAUUAAUGGAUGAACAAAGCCGCAGAGUAAUGGUGGCGAAUUUUUCAAUUAACACAAAUCAAAACCCUAUGAUUCCAAUUGAAAACAUACAACAAGAAACCAAUUAAAAAGUAUUUUAAGCUACAAAAACAAACGAAAUGAUAAAAUAAAAACAACUAUUGUUAACUAGAAA